AUGAAUAAUUUUAACGAUUAUCCUGAAAUUUGGAUGUACGAAGAGUCGUUUUCCAAAGUUUUGAUGGAAAGUUUGGAAGUUGGUUUGAUGAUUUGCAACUCUGAUUUGCACGAAUUCACUGCGGCAAAGCUCUUCGACAUAAUGAACCAAAUAAUCCCUACAGGCUUCGUGCUGACCACCGGCUACUGGCCGUUUUACAGCACGGACAAAAGGCAAAGCCUGUGCAUUUGCGGCCGCUUCAGUUUGGAAUGUCGCCACAACAGAAACGGAACCCACUGGAUCGAUCUGGAUCCGAUUCCGGACGAUUACAGUAUGCUAUUUUGUCCAGGAAAAAAUGGACCAGUAAAGCUUACGCCAGUUGAUAUUAUUGUAACGCCUGUAACUUCCCCACCGGUAGGAUUUAUGGUAACUUUGGUAUUGAAAUUUAGCCAACAAGAAAGUACCAUUGCCAGGAAAAGUUUCGCUAAGAGAGGCAGGCCAAAUGAUUCGAAGCUAGAAACUGGUAUUACAAUAUGCAGUCGGUACACUUUAAAGUGUGAAUGGUACUCGGCUUUUAGUAACAUCGUUUUCCAGCCGAAUCCGUACUUUACAAGUUUCUACGGGCACCACGUAGCUAAACUCCUCGGGGUACGCGAGCAAUUGAAACAAAACUACUAUUUCAAUCCCGGCACCAUGUACGUCAUGAAUGACAUCAUGCCUCAAUUUACUAUCGCCUUGAACAGAUGCGAUCUACCAACUUUUCCAUCUCCAUCCAACUUAACAGCCGCCAAGUACAAUUUGGCGGAACAAAAUCGCAGAACCAAUCGCAGCGGAUUUGAAUUGGAAGUUUGGCAGUACCGCGAGAGGGUUUCCAGUUGCAGACCCAUUUGGAAUAAUCAGCCAAAUAUUGCUGAUAUUUCUUUUGAUUUUGAAAAAUUCUUGACAGAAAUUACAACCGAGGUGGAUAAUGGGGCUCAAGCUGUUGCCCUACCUCAAAUGGAUGAAAACAAUAAUAUUGCUGGUAUUGAACAACCCAGACCGACUAUGAGACGCAGGAGGAGGUACCAGCAAACAUUUAGCGGUACCACGACUUUUCUGGAAAAUCCUCCGCAAGUUGUUGGUUCAAUUCAAACUACUCAACCACAAGUUGAUGCAGUUGCGGUGAGGGGGCGCAGGCGUAAAGUCCAGUUUCAACACGUUCAAACAUUUGGUGAUACAACGACCACGGUACCGCGCAGCGCCCACCAAGGCAACCCUUUUCCGAUUUUGAGUCGGGAAAAUCAGGCCAGCACUGAAGCUGAGUUGUUCGAGUUGGAUAAGAAAUGGGUUGAAGAAAUUUUGCGCAUUUAA